AAAAAAAAAAUGUAACAAUAAAUGGCAUCACAAGACUUGACAUGCAUGCAUUGUAUGACUAUCCCACAACGACGUGGCUCUUUGACUCUCUCUCUCUCUACAAAGCAAAGCUCUCUCAUGCCAUUGGCUUGGUCCAAUUUGUGCGUCUAAGACCCAAAAGCUUUUACUUUUUCUCUGAUUUGGCGUCCUCGCUUCCUAGUUUCAUAACGUUGCUAUUGCUCUUUCAAACCCACUUCUAUGCAAAUUCUGGGGUUUCGAUUCUUCAAGAAUAAGCCUCCAAUGGAUAUGAGUCAAUGAGCUGUUGUAGACUUUUGAGAUGGACGAAGAAAAUAGAACAAGGGGUGGGGUCGCCGGUUGUACUCGGAAGGCGUUUUUCCGGUCGGCGUCUUGGACUGACCGAUCGCCGUCAAAGCCCCAUCAUAGUCGGAGCUUAGUGCCUAAUAGUAAUAAAGCUCGAUCAUGUCUGCCGCCGCUGCAGCCGCUUUCAAUCAGCCGCCGGGAAGUUGAGGAGUGGCCACGACCGGGUUCUGAUGAUCUUGGCGUUUGGCCAAACCCAGAAACUCCGAGAGAGAUUGUUCAUAAUAAGUCGUCUCAGAAUUCUGAAUGUGAACAGCCUGUGAGGGAAUUUCAGUUUAAGAAGGAUAAACUUGCGUUCUUCGAUAAGGAAUGUUCGAAGAUUCUGGAUCAUGUGUAUUUAGGGAGUGAUUCUGUGGCCAAGAAUCGACAAGUUUUGAGGCAGAAUAGGAUCACACAUGUGCUGAAUUGUGUUGGGUUUGUCUGUCCUGAGUACUUCAAGGGUGAAUUUGUGUACAGAACUCUUUGGUUGCAAGAUAAUCCCUCUGAGGAUAUUACAAGUAUUCUCUACAAUGUGUUUGAUUACUUUGAAGAUGUUCGAGAGCAAGGCAGUCGGGUUUUUGUGCAUUGUUGCCAAGGCGUAUCUCGGUCUACCUCUCUUGUGAUUGCAUACCUCAUGUGGAAGGAAGGAUGGAGUUUUCAAGAUGCUUUUCAAUAUGUAAAGGCUGCUCGAGGGGUGGCUAAUCCGAACUUGGGUUUCGCCAUUCAAUUAUUGCAGUGCCAGAAGCGGGUUCAUGCUGUGCCUGCUAGCCCAAAUUCGAUCUUGAGGAUGUAUAGGAUGGCUCCACAUUCGUCGUAUGAUCCGCUUCAUCUUGUACCCAAGAUGUUGAACACUCCAAGUGUUCAAGGACUUGAUUCUCGUGGGGCAUUUGUUGUGCACAUUCCUUCAGCUAUCUAUGUCUGGAAGGGGGAGAAGUGUGAUGCUGUGAUGUUGAAUAUGGCUAAGGCUGCAGCGUCACAGGUCGUCCGAUACGAAAGGGCUAAAGGCCCCAUCCUUAGCAUCGAAGACGGGGACGAACCAUUGGAAUUUUGGGAUGCUCUUAUGUGUAGCCAACAUUUGGCUGAUAGUUCUGAAGAAGGGAAAGGAUUUUUGAAGGUGGGUGACUGGAAAGUUGAGGAGUAUAAUCCAGAUUUUGAAAUUUUUCACAGGGCGAUUACAGGUGGGGUCGUUCCACCUUUCGAUCGAUCUCAUACCGAAUCGGAAACUUAUCUUCCUGCUAGAGAAAAUGGGUGGGACACAACCAGAAUAAGUGAAACUGCAAAAGAUGUUGUCACAUCUUUAUCUGCAAAUAUUGAUUAUGCAGAAGAAGCACCUGUUUCUUCAAUUGAUCUUGCAUCACCACCACUUUCACCCACAGCCUAUUUGUGUGGCUCACCUGAAUCUUUUGACUGUUUUCCAGAUAGUAACCUGGAUCUGGAAAUAGAAAAUUCUAACAAGGAGGAAAGCUCGAUCCCGGACGAUCGUUUGUCGUUACCAAUUCAUCCUCUGGGGUCACCAGAUUCAUUUUCCAGUUUUCAAGGAGGUACUAUUAGUCCAAAGUUCGGCACCAAAUCCCCUUCACUCUCACCUUCUACAUCAGAUAAUUCAAGUUCUUUUACCCUUUCACCAUCAUCGUCUAAUUGGUCUGACUUAUCAUAUAUGUCUUCUCGGCAACCUUCACCAUCUGACAUGGAUCCAUUGCAUCCGGCUGUUCGAAACUCUUCGAUCAUAGACAGUUUUUGUUUACACCACAAAGAAACUCAUCCUAUCUUUGUAGAGUCCUCUUCCUCUUAUCAUCCAACAUUGAGAGGAGCCUGCCCUUCAAUUGCAGAGCGUCGAGGGAGUCAUCCUCCACCUAGGAUGUUGCUGCCCUCCAUUGAAGAAACCUGCAAGGUUCAGAGGAAAAUAGUUCGAUCAUUGUCAUUUUCAUUGCCCGACUUAGACGUUGAUCCGUCAGAGAUAUCAGGGCAUAGACAAUCCGAAAAUAAAAGCAGUAGCAAAGAUAUUAGUUUUGAUAUUGAUAGAUUUGGGGCUAGCACUGCAUUAGAAUGCAAGUUUGAGGAAGCAAAAGCUCCGGUCUUUUACCAGUGGCCUUCAAUGAGUAAAGCGGGGAUCAAUCAACUUGGAAAUCUUAAUUCUAGAUCAGUGUAUAUGUUGUUUGAUGCAGAUGCAAAUUUGGGUUCAAAAGGCUGUAACAAAUUAUUUAUCUGGCUGGGGCGUGAAGUUUUGCAUGAAAAUGAUGACACUCAACUGAUGACUGACGACAGUGGUUGUCUUCACUGGGAGAUGAUUGGACAAAUAUUUACUAACAAUAAGGGAAUUCCUAGAGAUACCUGUAUACAGAUAAUAAGAGAAGGGGAGGAACCAGAGGAGUUCCUUACACUUCUAAGCCGUUCAUUACCUCAAAAAGUGGAAGAUGUUGAUCUGUGGUCUGUGAAGACCUGAUGGACUGUGGCGGUAGACUUUCCAAGAGGUAAAAGUAGCAUCCAGAGCAGAACAAUUGAUGUGAUCUGCUUGAGAGAUGUAUAUAUAUAAUAUAUAUACGUAGAGAAUCCAAUCCUCCAAAGACCAUGUAUAGACGAACGCCAUCAAUAGGCUGAAUUUUACCCGGUAAUCAAUGAGUUCACCUGCUUGUGAAGAAACAUAGAAGUGAUUAAAAAUUUGAAUCUUAAAUGAAUAUCUGAUGUCAAUUAGACUA